AUGGAGGCUGUUGUGACCAUCAAGCUUGGCGACCGCGCAAAGUCACGAUCAACGGCUGGCCAAGCCACCAUCGUGGUCGACUUGCGCGGGCCUUUUUCUCUCAUCCAAGAUGCCAUCGCUCUCGAAGCCAACCGCAUCAAGGUCGCGUACGAGGCGACUGAAGCCAACCGCAGAGACAAGAUCACGAUGGAGCUGCCGAGCCCGCUCCUUAUCUUUUUCAAGACGGGUGUCUCGAAGGCGCAAACCGACUACGUCGGCCUUGACGAGGGCAACUUCAUUUCCAAGCUCACAACCGCGUGGAAAUGCCUCCAAGAGAGACGUUCCGCCGCGGCGGCGACGUACAAGCUCGAGCUUUUUGUCUAUGCAACCAAGGCCAAGCAGAACCAGACGACCAACCAGCGCGCCGAGGCAAUGACACCUCAACGCCACGCCGGCCGGCCCACGGCGGGGUUUUUGACCCGCUUCUGUGCGGCGCUUCUUCGCCUCGACGAUCUCGAUCUCGUCGUGCUUUGCCUCCGCGACGUCGUCUCGGUGACCAUCGACACGGAGCUCCCGGAGGUUGCAACGUUCGUGCAUGCGUGCUUGACCAAGCACGGCUGGGUGACGCUCCCGGCCGUCGACGGUCUCAUCCAGCGGUGGUGCGCUGACGGCAAGACCGACGCCGUAUUGCAUUUGCUAUCGAGCCUCGCUGGUGUCGCGACCGACGACGCCGUGUGUCUGCCGCAAAUGUGUAUCGGCGAGUUUGUUCGCGCGAGCUAUGCGACGGCGCCGAACCGAUAUCUUGUACCCGUACGGCGAAGACCCAGUGACGAGACCUUGUUUCCGCUGCACGGCGACAUGUGCGCGCAAGUGGAAGGCGUGAAAAGUUGCCAUGCCGAUCGGCUCGCCCACAACCUGUACCACGACGCGUGGGUGAUCCGCAAGCGCUGUCCAAGGGAUCACGAAGAGUUCUGGUGGACCGAUUUCAUUACAACCCAGCAAAUGGCGCGCGAAGACAAGGCGAUGGCAGCGACUCUGGAACGCUACCUCGCCGACAUAGGGCGCCCGUACCGUCGUGCAGUCGCGUGA